UAGUAAGAAAUAAGAAAAGAGAAAGAUUUGGAUUCCUUGAGCAGCAUGGAACAUCUGCUGGCUUGGACUACCUCUGGGGACCCCCAUAGUGAUGUGCAGAUCUUCUCUCUGACUGCAGCUUAUUUUUCUUGCCCAGUGGGUCCACUUGAUCACAGGAUUUAUUCUCCUGAGAAAAACAAGGAUGCAUUGCUCCUGAUUAACAUUGUUAUUCUGAGAGUUCAUGCAUGGACUGAUGUUUAAAUGGAGGACUUUUUUUCCAGAGAUAUAGAGUUUCAAGAAUGAGAGCAGAUGUUAUCGGAACCAACUUUAAGCUCCCCAUAGCUUUUAUUAGUACAUUUUUGUACCAAGUUAUUCCCUAAGAAGACCCACAGAUUGGACCAGAAAAAGAACACAUUUUCAAGUCAGUCUACAACUUAAAAAACUGUUUGUCAUAACACAUCUGCUGCGACACAGGACGCGGAGAGCUGUCAUACAGAAGAGAGGUGGGAGGUCUUUAAAAAGGGCCGUCUGUCAGCUGAAACAGUUAGUCUGCUUUUGAACUCACUCUGUGCAGAAGGAGCACAUCAGGCAAUGCAUUGAAUAACAGCGCCACAUGACGAAGUGACAUUUUUCCUGAACGGCAAAUUCCUUUCCAUGGAGUGGAACUGACUAUAUGACAAGGAUCUCUUUGCUUCAAUGUAUGUGACAGAGGAGUCUGGUGUUUUCCAUUGUCAAACACGUACCAGAUGACCAUCCUUGUGUCAAACCUGAUUCAGAGCAAAGCUAAGUUGCAGGUAAAGUGUCUGUGUGUGCUUAUGUUCCUGAGCUUCCCUCUGACUAUGGCUGAGGUCCCUGGUCCAUGCAGACACUCCAUCACUAGGGAGCACCUGCUGACAGUCAGGCAUCUGAUGGAUAACCAGUUAAGAAGCGGGUGCACCAUCACCUACACAUUCACAGAGCGGAAGAGUUUGAGCAAAUGUUGCUUUGUUAAAGCUGCUUUACCGUGGAUCCUGGAGCUCCUAACCACACACUUCAAAUAUAAUCGAGGAUCAGUCAAUGACGGCUACGUUCAGUCCCUGAGGGCCCUCAUCCUCAACAUUUACUCUCAGAAAUGUGUCCCUCAGAUUAAUGAGGAGGUUGAGGAUAAGCCAGAAAGUUUUGAGAUGCUGUAUAGAGGGUCUCCGUCCGAGGCGCUGCAGAGGGCGUCAGAGGUGCUGUCUGCCUACUGGGAACUAGUGACGACCAGUGAUGCACCAGUCGAUUGGCACUGCCAGCAAGAAUACAUAGAAACCUUUGGGUCGUCGACAGAGCUGUUUACAGAGUCACCAACAGAACAUUUUACCGACAGUUAUGGUAUCAACUCAGAGAAGGCCUCACACAGGAGAUCAGACAGAGACCUGUACAAGCUUGGCUUCAUCAUUGCCUCCAUCUGCGGAGGACUGCUGUUCAUCCUCACACUCUACUGUCUCAUCACACAAAAGAAAACUCUCAACCCACAUAGAUCAAUAUCAUACACAAACUCAAGCAGAGACCUCCAGGACAUAGAGAUGGAGCCACAAUAACGUAGUAAAGACCACAUCGCUGCAGCAGCAGACGGAGCACAUGUGAAGCUGUACAUUUUACCCAUCAUGAUCAAGUUUCCAUAUCAGUACCGUGUGUGCAACUUAUCAUGCUCUCCUAUUUAAUCAGAAGCUUGGCUUUGACUGAGAACAGAGAUGGACCUUAUUUUGAAAACCAUGCUAUGUAUAUAAUGUUUAUGCGUUAUGUAUUACAGAUUUCUUCUCAAGUCCACUAAAAAAAAGUUUUAUUUUUACACUAGUUAUGUAUGUUUGAUAAUGUGUCUCCAUUUGCUACCACUUAACCAAAUGUUCAUAUUGAUGUUUGCAAAUACUACAAUUAUUUAUUAGUUUGAUUUUAUUCAAUCCACUGAACUGAUAAUAAAAAAUCCAUUUAUACUGAAACCAAAACAAAAUGCUGUCUGCCAAGUAGUGAAUCACUAUGAAACCACAUCUGAAGGUAAUGGCCUCAUUAAAGGAUUCAACCUGAAUUUUACUUAAAUUUUCACUUUAAUGAGAAGCCAUAAAAGCUUUUAUUCUCUUUUGUUUUUAUUCCUUUUAUGUUCGUGUCAUUAUCAGUCAAAUACGCUCAUCAAUGUUCUUCUGUCAUUUUUAAUGUAGCAAUAACCAAAUUUUUUUUAUUGCAAAACAGUAUGAAUAGUUCAACAUGCACCCUGGAGUAUAACUGUUGUCGGUCACCCACACUGAGCUGCUGAGCAAGAUAAUAAAAUGGAUAGACUCACAGCAGUUGCUGCUGCAGCUUCACAAGAAAUGUCCCCACUGGGCAGGGUGUGACAGGAUCUGAUAAGAUUAGAUAGUUGUUAAGGAAAUUUUUCUUGGCUGCAUCCAGUUUCUUCUGUUAAGAAACACACAAAAUCACAUGGUGGGAAGAGCUGGGUGGUUUUGGCAAAAAGG